AGAAGAAGAAGAAAAAGAAGAAGAAGAAGACUCAGUCGAAGAAUAGGUCGAAGGAGUCGUGGUCAUAGUAGUACUAAUUUGUAAUCCGCACUAAUAAUGGUUUAAGUCUUUUGAUACGAGUAUAUACCGGUAACCCAUUUCUUAUUUUCUUUUGCAUGGUUCAGAGCUAUUGUGCGCGUUUUAAAAUGAGUUUUGUUCAGCCAGCGCGGGUCUAUAAACACCUGCCGGUGUGGAUCGUGGAAGACCACCACGAUGUGGUGAGCCAUAUAUAUCGUGCCAUUGCAUCAAGACAUCUCCCCAUGAAGAACAUUAAGAUGGUUCAUUUAGACUCCCAUCCAGAUCUUCUGAUUCCUGUCAAUUUGUGUGCUGAUGCAGUUUUUGAAAAGGAUAAGUUAUUCAGUGAGUUGAGUAUAGAGAACUGGAUCAUGCCCAUGGUUUACGCUGGCCACGUCUCUUGUGUGGCAUGGCUACAUCCCUACUGGUCACAGCAAAUCAUGGAAGGGGAACACAAGAUGACCGUCGGCAAAGAUUCAUCCACCACCACCAUCAGGGUGACAAGUAAAGAUCAUUACUUCCUCAGUGAUGGCUUGUACGUCCCAGAGGAACAGCUUGAAAACCCCAAACCUCUCAGAUUAAAUGUGAUCAAAGUCAAUCCUGUUAAUCGUCAGCAGACAUUUAAAGAAAUGAAAAUGGAGGACUCUGAGACAUGGCUUGCGAAGAAACCCAGGAGAGAAUGUUCACAAGUUGGAGAGACCAGUUGCUCUCAACCCCUUUUAAGAGCUGAUGCGCCACAACUUGCCGAAGUCAGGUCGGUUAAUAAAGAUGCUGGACAAGAACAACCGAGCUGCAGUAUCAAAAGGAAUUACAAUGGUGAAGAUGAAGAAGGAACCACAAGUUACGUGGUUAAAAGGAUAUCAACUUUUCUGAGUCACACAGAGCCAUACAUCCUGGAUAUUGAUUUAGAUUUCUUUUCCUGUAAGAAUCCAUUCAAGGAGUUGUAUACUGAGGCGGAAUAUGCCAUCCUUCAGGAACUCUACAGCUUCAAAGGACCUGUUCCUAAUGCUAACAAGGAGCAGCUUGACGAGUGCGUUGAUUGUCGUAUACGUCAGUUAGAAGACUUAGAAGCAGCAUUCGCAGAUCUACUCGAAGAUGAUGGAGAAGAAGUUGUUUCACAUUGGGUCGGCAAACUUGGGAAGACAUGUUUUGACCGCCUGGUUUCCAGUUUGAAGUCAAGAAAUCCUCACCCAGAUUAUGAAAUGGUACAUCAAGCAGGUUUAACCUGUGAUACAAUCGAGUUGCCCCAUCAUAUUAGCUCUGAUGAAGAGAUUGACAGACUUAUAUCAGCUGUACAGCGGUUUCUGAAACACUUGCCUUUACCUUCUCUGGUGACAAUGUCCAGAUCCAGUCUAGAUGAAUACUGCCCUGUAGAACAAGUGGAUUCAGUCCAAAGCAGAGUGUUGGCUGUGCUUAAAAAGCUGUAUGGACCUUUGGACAUACAAAAGGACUAUGAAAAUCCUAACACAGAAGUUCAGGGCCACCAACCUCAGACCACAUAACAGGAGUCCCUUGAAGUGAUCUAAAUAGGGUGUUUUCUCAAUCACUCGCAGCAUGUCAGUUUCGGUUUUUGCAUGUUUAAAAACAUUUUUUAAUAUUUUUGUUUUUGUCUUGCAGCAAACAAGUUUUAAUACCGUGUGAGUCUCUGCUCUGAGAUCGAUAACAGAUAAAACCGAGCACUUUUAUUGUUUGAAGCGAAAA